AAUAGGUGUUAUCCUAUUCCUCUACCCCUUAGCGCACACUAGGAUUGUCCAUUCCCUUUCCCUGAUUUCCUAGCACCUGAACGAUCUCGUUUCCUUUCUCUUCUCCAUCACUCGAGAGGCUGUUUCUCCGUCUCUCAGUAGCGACGAGGAGAGUUUCUAGAAUCGGUUAGAGAUGGCGAGUGCGGUGGACGCUACGGGUAAUCCGAUCCCCACAUCGGCGGUGUUGACGGCGUCAUCAAAGCACAUAUCGACGAGAUGCUUACAGGAAAAUGUGGCUUUUCUCAAGUGCAAGAAGAAGGAUGCGAACCCGGAGAAAUGCCUUGAUAAAGGCCAGGAAGUCACUCGCUGCGUCCUUGGCCUGAUGAAAGAUCUUCACCAGAGGUGCACAAAAGAGAUGGAUGCUUACGUUGGUUGCAUGUAUUACCAUACAAAUGAAUUUGAUUUGUGUCGCAAAGAGCAGCAAGCAUUUGAGAAAGUAUGCCCUUUGGAAUGAUUGGCAAACUGAACUUGUAAAGCCGUAAUUGCAAUAAUUAGAGCAGUUUGCAAUGAGCAAAUACUGUUGUUGCAUACAUUUUUCUUGUGUCUUGAAAUGAAUCAUCUCCCUUUUGUACGGCUUAGAUCGUUCUUCGAAGAUUGCUUCAAAUCAAGAAAGAUGGGACCUUGCCUCCAUUUAAGCAUAAGGAUGUUGAUUACAUUAUUUGCUUUUACAGUAUUCAGUUUGAAUUUA